GUGAGGGAGCUUUAUGGGUGGGAAACGAUUUUGCUGCGGGGCCCGCUUGCACACCUACGGAAGCCUUUUUUUUUUUUUUGCCACCAAGCUUCGGAUGAGAACGCUACUAAAUCUCUCAGGGUAUUGGCGGGAAAAUCCUCCGGAAAGAAAAAAAUGUCAUUGAAAGCAGUUUCUUUACAUAAUAUCCCUGGUGGUACACCUUUAAAGGAUUUUGUAAACUUCCAGGUGAAUUGUACUUUCGAUUCAGCUAAAAUUCCUCCUUCAAUGGUUCUUACUUGCCAAAAUGUUUGUUCGGGCAAAGAGAUUGAAGGAAUAAAUGUUUUCCAGUCCACUUUAGUAUCUGACAAUAUGCAUACAAAAGAGUUAUUUGACAUCAGUGAAAUUAAAACAUCAUCUGAAGGAAUCCUGGGACUGAUUUCUUCAUGUCAGAAAACUAAGCCACUGACAAGGAGUGUCAUUCAAAAACGUAAAGCUUGUGAGUCAUUACCUUUUGAAUCUCCAGCAAAAAUCUUCUCAAGAAUGAAACAAAAAGCAGCUCUUGUCAAAGAAAAAAACAAGCCUCCAGAAGCUAAAUUGUUGGACUCAAGGUGUACUGCAGAUUAUAUUCUUACUCCUGAAAGGCAACCUGCCUUUCUACAAAGAUCAGAAAAAAUACCUAUACAUGAAUAUAAACAAAAGACAAAGCUGGGUGAGGAUUUUCUUGAAGAAUCCAAUGUAAAAACAGAAUCCCCCAACAAGUUCUUCUCCCGUGUAAAACAGAGGUUGCAGGAGGAUUGGUCGCAGAAAGCAAAGCAACCUUUAGUCACAUCCUGCCCAACAAAAAAACUUAAUAAUUUUAAUGAAGAAUGCCUAAGUACUACUGUUAGCCAGAAAGAGAAGAUUAUUGUGGAACCUGCUGAAUUGGCCAGUGAGACUUUUACCAUAAUAUCUAAUCCUCUGAUUGUGAGUGAUGAUCAUAUUAACUCUAGAGAAUUCUUGAGGGAAGAAGCAUCCAGAAAAUUUCCUCAAGAAAAAGCAGUGGUGACUCCAUCCAAAAACAUAUAUGGCCAAAAAGCAGGAGAAAAUGUAAGUGUUUCACCACAGAAACCUUCCCAACAUCUGUGUGAUUCAAUUUUUGCUACUCCAAAAGUCCAUAUACCAAGGAAACGACGGCAUGAUACCAAGGUGCUCUUGGAUGAACCUGAUACAGGCACAAAUAAAAAGUUCUCAAAAGAAAAACAGAUGAUAUGUAUGAAUCAAUGGAGAAUCAGAGUGAUCAAUAACAAUACUGCUGUGUGUCUGGAAGGAAAACGGAGAGAUAUGAAGGAUAUCUUCUGGCAUAGCAAUGUAAUUGUAGAACGCAUUACACACAAUCAAGUCAAAACCUUGACAGGAAAUAUCUACAUGUUAGAAGGAUAUAUUGAUGCAGUUAGCAUGAAGAAAGAAGGUUUGAAAAAUGGUAUAAGAAGCACCCUUCUAAAACAUAACAACUAUCCAAAGGCUAUACCUUUGUUUCAAACAGGAAUACCACCUAAAUUCAUAAAGAGGUUUGGGACAGGAAUCCCAAGAAAUUGGAAAAUGCUUGUUGAUGAUUUGCUUCAUUAUUUGAAAGGGAAAGAAGAGAGAGCAUUUCCUGUAAGUGGUGAUAGCAAAAAAAGAAAAAACGAAUGCUCAGAAGGACUUGAUCUGCCCCAAAAUAUUGAGAGAAAAUGUAAAAUGAAAGACACCACUUAUGAAGUAUUACCACUGCAAAAUGAUGAAAUAUAUGAUAUACAGAUGAAAACAAUUGAUUUACAGAAUGACGUUGAUAAAAGUAUCACCCGUAGUGGGCGGCGUGUUAAGCCACCCAUGCAGUUCUGGUGUGGGGAACGGAUACGUCUUGAUCAGGAAUUAAAUGUCACUAUAACCAAAGGAGGUGCCAACUACUUAUCACCUGCAAUGAGCAACACGCCAUCUGGGAAUAGGCAGACUUUGAAAUUUACAAAGAAAAAUGGUGAGAGCCUUUUUAAAGAUCAUAAAGAAGUGCCUUCGAAACAAGCAAAAGGAAAAAUUAAUAUGAAAUCUGAGAAUAUAACCAGAAAAACUGAAUGUAAAUCGAAGGAAAAGUUGCAACACCUUAUUUCAGACACUGAAGAAAAUUACUCUGAAUUAAUCAUUAAAGAUAUUUGCAAAAAGAGAGCCACUGUUAUGCUGACCCCUCUGGAAAAGAAAAGAAUGCAAGAAAAGCAGCACUCCAACAGGAGACCCAGAAAUGAGCUAAAUGUGACUAAGGAGGGUGGGCACAUUACUUGCUAUGAAAGAAACUUGGCUGAUGGAGAGUUAGACACUUUCAACUGCCCAUUAAAUUUGUUGAAACAACAUCAACAAAUUGAGAAAGUUGUGGGAAGUGUUUCUUGCACAGAUGAAGAUGAAUCUAGUGAAGAUAUCCCGUGUAUUAAAAGGAAAACACAGCAUUCUUUCAAAAGAGAAAUAUCCCACAAGGAAUGUAAUAAUACACAAGAAUUAUCAUGUGAGCAAAAAAGUACAGAGAAUUGGAUAGCACCUUCUCGGAGCAGAAAGACAAAAUGUUCUUACUUUGGCCAGGAGGACACCCUGGAAGAAUUAAGUAACAAGAAUUCUUCUCCUGACUUGGGUACCAAUUCUGAGCUAAGGAAAAGGAAUAGACAAAAGUCAUCAAAGUGGUUCAAGAAAGCCAGAAGGAAUGCUCUUGCAUCAGAGACUGAAAGUGAAAACAGCAUAGAGGAAAUUCCUGUGAAAGAAAGUAGGAUAAAAAUACCUACCAAGAAAACUAAUGGUCACAUUUCAACUAUUCCAAAAGCCUGUCCUGUGACUGGAAAGCCGGACAACCAGAAAAAGUUAGGAAAUGCUAUGGAGUCUUUUCCAGACACUAAUGAAAACUGGACUGAAGAAGAAUUGCAAAAGUUGCACAGGGCAGUGGAAUCUUUUCCUAAACACAAAAGUGAUUUCUGGUUGGAUGUGGCAAAGACUGUGAGAACGCGAUCUGCUGAAGAAUGCCAGCAAAAAUACAUGGCAAAGCAGGAAGGGAGAAAACGCCCCCCAAACAAGACCACCAAGCCUGGAAAAAAGGAAGAAAGAGAUAGGGGAACACAACAGCCGUUGGCAAAAGUGGGAACCCUGAAAAGGAAACAGCAGAUGCGGAACUUCCUUGAACAGAUGCCCAAGGAUAACCAUGAUGACAUCUUUGCUUCAACACCUUUUCAAAAUAAGAACACGAAAUUGCCGCAGUUCUACGUGGCCCCAGAGGAAGAUGUUUUCCAGUUGAAAGACAGACAUCCUAUUACACCUGCUUCAGCUAUUUUCCCUUGGGUGAAGACACCCCAAUGUGACCAUGUCAGCCCUGGCAUGCUGGAAUCUCUAGAUAGGAAAAACUGGGAAAAACAUGUCUUCCACAUGCAAAAUAAUAUCAAAGGCAAGGAACGCACAUGGCUGAAUGUAAAGAAGAAAUCGGCUGUGACAGGGUUCACUACUUCCAUGUCUCCGAGAACAAAUGUCUUUACUUUUGAAGAUGCAACAACUUCUGAUGGAGUGAGGAAUCUCUUUGAAGUAGAAGAAGGAAUACAGUCUGAUGAAGAGGAUGAUAUGUAUUUUUCCACAUAGCCAGUAGCUACCUGAUCCAGAGCUAAAAAUAUUUUUAAUAAACUGCAACCAAUUGAGUUUUGAUUUCAGUCUGUUUUGAGUUGAAUUAAGUUGUUCCCCAGUUCUGUGCUCUCAAGUAUUCAGAAUAGGGAAAAAUCUACCAUACACACUUAGAUUUCUUUUUUAGAAGAUGUGAUGUGCAAUUUAUAUAAAGAGAUAGCUGUGGUAAUUACCCUUUUUAAUGAAAGUAAAAUAAUGUUUUUAAAAGUUACUUGUACAAUAAAUUCAAGAGCAUUGUUUGUAAUAGCAAAAAUUUCUUAUGUUUUCUGUUCCAACAGCAGUGCUUAUGUAUUUUUGUAUUAAACUUUCUUAGUGCCUUUUAAAUGUUUUUGAUACCCUUUUAAUUUGGCAGUUACAGUGAAACUGGAUACAUAAAAUAUAACCACGAACAUGUAUUAGCCCAAUGUAUGGUUAGUUUGUGUCUGG